AUGUCCGCCCGAGUUACGUUCCAAAAUGUGAAUGUAUUCUCUGACGAAGCCGGGAGCCUGGAGCUCCUGCGUCCACAAUCCAAUAGGAGAAAGAAGGUAACCGAUAUCCUCGACCGUGCUUUCAACCUCAUCCAGUCACCAUCCGGAAAAGCAGCCAUGGUCAGUGCCGCCAAAGAACUUAUCCACCAACGGCGUCGGGAGAAUGACAUGUGUCUGUUCGAUCCCAAGAGUCGAAACCCCGAUUACAGCCGUCUUCCUGCUACUGUAGCCCUCUUCCUGGAAAAAAUGAAACUCAACUUUCCCGAUGUGAUCUUGGGCUGGGUGGAUGAUGGAGAAGCAGCUACGAAUCGAACUCAGCAACAGUGGGCUACGGCAGAGGAAGAGAGCGAGUUGCAGAAUUUCACUCCACCCGAUGCUGGCACGAUGCUUCUUCACCGAAAUAUAAUCGGGUCUAUGUGCAAUACAAACAGUGAUUGGGAAUAUCAGAAGUUCCUAUUUCAGAUGACGAUUUCUGUGGCACACGAAAUCAUGCACUUUUUUACGUCGUUCCUCACAGGCGACGGUCGGCCUGUAACUCCUCGGCAAGUUGGGGUUGUGGGAUAUCCAGGCGAGAUUGGCCAUCUCUGGGAACGAAUAGCUAUAGGGGGCCACAUAGAGUUCUACUCUAACCCGCAGCCUGCUAUCACUUCCCCCAGGGCCGGCACCCCCUUCAUCUUCACUAAUAUGUCAAUGGCCGCAUACGGUAAAGAAGUACCCGAGCGGUUUGUCCGAAGAUUCGUGGAAGGACGUGAGUAG